GUGUUCACUGCAGGCUGUGGGCUGGAGUUCCUGCUGAUCCUCUGUGGGCUCGAGCUUUCCUGGUCCUGCCCCCGUCACUGUAUCUGCUACACUGCACCAAGCACCGUCUCUUGCCAAGCCCACAACUUCCUGUCAGUCCCUGAAGGCAUUCCUCCUGACAGUGAGCGCAUCUUCUUACAGAACAAUAAGAUCCACCGCUUACUUCGGGGUCACUUCAGCUCCAACACGGUCACUCUCUGGAUAUACUCCAACAACAUCACAUACAUUGAGCCCUCCACCUUCCAUGGCUUCACGCUGCUCGAGGAGCUGGAUCUGGGAGACAACCGCCACCUGCGGUCCUUGGCUGAGGACACCUUUCACGGGCUGAGUCGUCUCAAUGCAUUACAUCUGUACCGUUGUGGACUCAGUUCGCUUCCUAAUAACAUCUUCCAAGGACUCAGGAACCUGCAGUACCUCUACUUGCAGGAUAAUCAUCUGAAAUUCCUGCAGGAUGACACUUUUGCAGACCUCCACAACCUGAGCCACCUGUUUCUGCAUGGAAACCGUCUGUGGAGCCUGAACCAAAACACCUUCAGAGGCCUUCGGGCCUUGGACCGUCUGCUUCUGCACCAAAAUCAGAUUGAGUGGGUUGAUCGCUUGGCUUUCCACGACCUGAAACGUCUCACCACCCUCUACCUGUUCAACAACUCCCUGAUACAGUUGUCUGGGCAGUGCCUGGAAACCCUGCCUGCCCUGGAGUACCUGCGCCUCAACAACAACCCUUGGUCAUGUGACUGCAAGGCCCUGGCGCUAUGGGAGUGGUUGAAACGUUUCCGAGGUUCUACAUCUUCUGUGGGUUGCCAGGCACCAGCUGAUAUGGUUGGCAAAGACCUCAAGGAGCUUCGUAAGGAGGACUUCCCCAACUGUUCACCAACUGUUCCUAAUUCUGAGUCUAGAGCCCAGACUAACAAUUUAUCUGGCACGGUGAACCCCUCUAUGAAUCGUGGCGUAGCAGUGGGCUCUGGGGGACAGACCCACAUAGUGCACCCCUCGAGGCCUGGUCGUUCUCGGAACUGCACAAAGCCUCGUAAUAGGGUGAGCAAGGGAAAAGGUGACAAUGAGGUUCACCACUCAAAGGAGGUCAUGACAGACAAGGAGGAUUCCUCCUCAGAUUUCACAGAUGGGGGGAAACAUGACCACACUUCCCCGGACGGGACCGUCACGCGGAGGAAGCACAAGUGCACUCCCCGGACCACUGUUCGCCCCCCUAGUGGGGUUCAGCAAGCCAACAAUAGGGCAACCUUAUCCCAGCCCUUACUACAUGUCUAUGCCCUCUUAGUGGCCUUGAUAACAACAAAUAUUGACUUAAUUCUCCGUUGA